GGCAUCCCUCCCUCCACAGGCUUAUCUCUGAACGACUCAACCCCACACAAAUGAUGGUCUUUACUUGAUAGAUAACAAAAACAACAUUUCUUCAUAUAUAUUACGACACUGGAUAAUAAUCCUUCUUGUUCCUUGGUUCCAACAAAAACAAAACCCCUCCAAAACCUUCAUUUCCCAAUUAUCCUUCCUUUUCAACUCUUCAAUGACAACAAUCUGAACCCACACCUACAUGGCUUCUUCUUCUUCUUCUCUUCUCCCAAGGUCACACAUUCCCACACCCCUCAUCUCCAAAAUCAGCUCCUCCCCCAGAACAUGGAGCCUCUUCAUUCUCACAUACCCUUCACACCCCAAAAACAACAACAACAACAACAACAACAACAAAAGACUAUUCCUUUCCCCCACCAAUGCAGUGUACACUCAAAGCCCCUACACCCCUUCCACACCCUCCAAGACCGAACUCCACAACGACCCCAUCACCGUCCUCAACGAGAGGAUUCGGCGCGACUUGAGCAAGAAGGAGGCUUUCAGAACGGUGAUGGACUCGGAGGAGGCGGGGAAGUACAUGAAGAUGGUGAAGGUGCAGCAGCAGAGAGGGUUGCAGAAGUUGAAGGGCGACAGAGAGAGUAAAGAUGGGGUCUUUAGCUACAAAGUCGACCCUUACACGCUCCGUUCUGGGGACUAUGUUGUGCACAGGAAAGUCGGAGUUGGUAGGUUCGUUGGGAUGAGGUUUGAUGUUGCCAAGAAUUCUUCACAGCCCACUGAGUAUGUCUUCAUUGAGUAUGCUGAUGGCAUGGCAAAGCUACCUGUAAACAAGGCUGCUAAAAUGCUCUAUAGAUAUAGUUUGCCAAACGAAACCAAAAAGCCAAAGGCAUUGAGCAAGUUGAGUGAUACUAGUGCAUGGGAGAAAAGAAAGGUUAAAGGGAAGGUUGCAAUACAGAAAAUGGUUGUGGACUUAAUGGAACUCUAUCUACAUAGGCUCAAACAAAGAAGGCCUCUCUAUCCAAAGAGUCCUGCCAUGGCCGAAUUCGCAGCCCUGUUUCCUUAUGAACCUACGCCGGAUCAGAAACGGGCAUUUAUUGAUGUUGAGAGGGAUUUGACAGAGAGAGAAACUCCAAUGGACAGAUUAAUUUGUGGAGAUGUUGGUUUUGGUAAAACUGAGGUUGCACUACGUGCUAUCUCCUGUGUUGUCUCAGCUAAAAAACAAGCAAUGGUUCUGGCACCAACAAUAGUUCUAGCAAAACAACAUUUUGAUGUUAUUUCAGAGCGCUUUUCUGUAUAUCCUGAUAUUAAGGUUGGACUACUAAGCAGGUUUCAGACCAAAGCAGAGAAAGAAGAGAACUUGGACAAGAUUAAGAAUGGUAGCUUGGAUAUUAUCGUUGGGACUCAUUCACUCCUAGGAGACCGUGUUACAUAUAACAACCUUGGUCUGCUUGUGGUUGAUGAGGAGCAGAGGUUUGGUGUCAAACAGAAGGAGAAGAUUGCUUCUUUUAAAACUUCUGUGGAUGUACUUACUUUAUCUGCAACCCCUAUACCACGAACUCUUUAUUUAGCAUUAACAGGGUUUCGUGAUGCUAGUUUAAUGUCAACUCCACCCCCAGAAAGAGUUCCUAUCAAGACUCACCUUUCUUCAUUCAGUGAGGACAAAGUAGUAUCAGCCAUCAAGUAUGAGCUGGAUCGUGGUGGUCAAGUUUUUUAUGUUCUGCCAAGAAUUAAAGGACUUGAUGAAGUAAUGACAUUUCUUGCAGAGUCAUUUCCAAAUGUGGAAAUAGCCAUUGCCCAUGGGAAGCUAUACUCAAAACAAUUAGAGGAUACCAUGGAGAAGUUUGCUCUGGGUGAAAUAAAAAUCCUUAUCUGCACAAAUAUAGUAGAAAGUGGGCUUGAUAUUCAAAAUGCAAAUACCAUAAUCAUUCAGGAUGUUCAACAAUUUGGCCUCGCACAGUUGUACCAGUUGCGUGGAAGGGUUGGGCGAGCAGAUAAGGAAGCACAUGCAUACUUAUUUUACCCUGACAAAAGCCUGCUUUCUGAUCAAGCAUUGGAGAGGCUUGCUGCUAUUGAAGAAUGCCGCGAACUUGGUCAAGGCUUCCAACUAGCGGAGAAAGACAUGGGUAUAAGAGGUUUUGGUGCAAUUUUUGGUGAACAACAAUCAGGAGAUGUCGGAAAUGUUGGUAUUGAUCUUUUUUUUGAGAUGCUCUUCGAGAGCUUGUCCAAGGUUGAAGAUCACCGUGUUGUUUCAGUUCCUUAUCACUCAGUGCAGGUUGACAUAAACAUCAAUCCUCAUCUCCCUUCUGACUACAUUAAUUAUCUGGAGAACCCUUUGAAAAUAAUAAAUGACGCUGAGAGAGUUGCUGAGAAAGACAUCUGGAGUCUGAUGCAAUUUACAGAGAAUUUGCGCCGCCAAUAUGGAAAAGAGCCUCGCUCCAUGGAGAUUUUACUGAAGAAGCUUUACUUGAGGAGAAUGGCUGCUGAUUUAGGGAUAACCAGUAUUUACUCUUCAGGGAAGAUGAUCUAUAUGAAAACAAACAUGAGUAAAAAGGUAUUCAAGAUGAUGACAGAGUCCAUGGCAUCAGAUUUACAUAGAAAUUCAUUGGUUCUUGAGGGGGACCAAAUUAAGGCUGAACUACUACUAGAGCUACCAAAAGAACAACUUCUUAAUUGGAUCUUUCAAUGCUUGGCUGAACUUCAUGCUUCACUACCCUCCUUCAUAAAGUACUAGGUUCAAAUCCUGGUCAUUUCUGCCAAUAAGCAAGUUGGAAACUCAACUUACUGCUUACAUCACAAAUAUGUAAGAUUUGGUGGAUUUAGUGUGUUGAAAGGCCAGAAACUAACCACGGCGAAUGCAAAACAAGAUUGUUUUGCUUGACUGACUUGGCAGUACAGGACAUCAGAACAGACUGGGGACUAUCAGUUGAUAAUGGUGAAUAUGUGCUUCCUUUCAAGAUGUAUAAUCAGAGCCACAUCAAUGAGGUUAGUUACAACUUACAAGCACCUUGGAGUUGGGGUUAUCUAAAUUGUACUCCUGAUUUGCAUGCCUUAUGUGUAGCAGGUAGUGACCUAAUCACCUUCAAUACUUGCAAUCAUAAAACAACAUUCCUUUGAGAAGCUGCCUAUGAUGACCUAGAGUUUUCAUGCAGUAAACCUUUAAUCAAAUUAUCCAGAAUUCGUCGUUUUUUUUAUACGUGACAUUGUAAAGUAUUCUCCGACCAUAUUUUCCUCAAUUGUCCCAUCUCUAAGAUUUCGUUGAAGUUACCUGAUAUGAAGAAAUUCAAUGCUAAGAUUCAGUCUCAGGCUAGCUAAUACAUUCUAAAGAAACUAGAAAUCGGUCUGGUGAAUAGUGCAUUUUUGUUACUGAUAAGUCAGAAAUAUACUGUUGUUUAUAGUUGUUGUUGUCAUGUAUCUGUGUUAUUUUCCUCAUGGAAACUUGUAUUCUCUAUAGAAAGAAAUUCUUGUAACCACAAGUUUUUACAAUUAGUUCCAUUAUUUAAUAUUAAUACUGUGGUGGACAUUUUAUAUAAUUA